UCUCAGACAUCACUAGUAGGUAGUUGUGAUGUCAAUUUCGCAAAAACAUUACACAUUUUAAUCUUACGUGUUGCCUUUUUAUAGUUUAUAUAUUAUUAAUGUAUUAAGGAGUUUAGUAGUGCUUUAUUCUGAUACAUAAUGCUUAAAAUGAUAUUCUAUAUUUUCGAAUUAAAGAAAGAAUUACUUGUGUGCUUAUCUUUAUCGGUACUUUAUGUUACUUAUUACCUAGUGGAAGUCGUCAAGAAACCAUUGUUAAUAUGCGGCAAAGGAGAAUUUCGACAAAUGCUGGAAGAGAAAGUACCUCUUCUAAAUGAACCAUAUUGGCCGACUCCAUGGUGUGUGGAGUCCAGGCUUCAGACAGUGAUUGCAUCAGUCCUUCGUUCUCGGAUCUUGCCGACCGUGAAUUAUCGAAGAGAAAUUCUCCGGUUAUCGGACGGCGGACAAGUGGCCCUAGACUGGGCGGACGCGCCGGGCGGAGACGCGACGCGGCCGGUGAUGCUGGUGCUGCCCGGGCUCACGGGCGGCUCGCACGCGGACUACGUGCGCUGCCUCGUGGCCGCCGCGCGCCAGCUCGGUGCGCACUGCGUCGUCUUCAACAACCGCGGGCUCGGCGGGGUGCCGCUCACUACGCCCCGGCUGUACUGCGCGGUGAGCCACGAGGACCUGGCGGAGGUGGUGGAGGCGGUGCGCGGGCGCGGCGGGCCGCUGCUGGGCGUGGGCGUGUCGCUGGGCGGGCUCAUCCUGGGGCACUACCUGGCGGCGCACGGCGAGCGCGCGCGCCUGCACGCCGCGCUCAUCGUGUCGUCGCCGCUGGACGUGGAGCGCGGCUCGGCGUGCAUCGAGCGGCCGCCGCUGAACGCGCUGCUGUCGCGGCACAUGGCGCGCAACCUGCGCAACACGGUGCGCGCGCACGCGCCGCUGCGCGCCGGCCCGUGGGACUGGGCCGCGGUGGACGCGAGCCGCUCCGUGCGCCAGUUCGACGCCGCCUUCACCACCAAGCACUUCGGCUUCGCCUCCGUGGAGCACUACUACCGCGCCGCCACGCUGCGCGGCAAGCUGGAGCGCGUGCGCGUGCCGCUGCUCUGCCUCUGCGCCGCCGACGACCCGUUCCAGCCCUUGCACGGUGAGUGAUGGCUAUUGUUUUGC